AUGAUUUUAACACCUGUCAUGCUCGAGGAAAACGAGCGGGACAAAAUGGCUGCGCGAACUGAAAUUCAUUUCACCGGUUCGGAAAUCGUGGUGCACACGGAGGAAAAAGCAAUUUCCCUGACGAAUCUCAAGGUAUCGUCGAGCAAGGCAGGCGACAGUCGUGAACGGACUCGAAGAUAUGGCUUCGACUAUUGCUUCGAUUCGUCCGAUCCGAGGGCCGAGAAGUACGCCAGCCAAUCAAAGAUCUACGAGACACUCGGGGAAUCGAUACUUGACGUUCUCUUCAAAGGUUUCAAUUCCUGUUUGGUGGCUUACGGCCAAAGUGCAUCAGGAAAAACGUACACGAUGAUGGGCUCCAAGGAAGAUCCGGGAUUAACGCCAAGAAUUUGUGAAGGUUUGUUCCUUCGACUGGCCAAAGAAGGGAGCAGCAACUCGAGUUUUGACGUCUCAGUCAGUUACUUGGAGGUCUACAACGAGCGGGUGAGAGAUCUGCUGAGGCCUUCGACCAAUUCGAUUGGGCUCAAAGUGAGAGAACAUCCUCGCUUAGGCCCAUAUGUUCAGGGACUGACGCAUCACGCUGUUUCAACGCUGGGGUCCUUAAUAUCGCGGGUUGAGGAGGGUACCAGGGCGCGAAAGACGGCUUCGACCCUGCAGAACCCAAUGAGCAGUCGUAGCCACGCAUUGCUCACGUUAUCACUUGUACCAUCGACGAGCAAUACCGGUCAACCGACAAAAGAAGUGGCUACGACGUCGUGUAACAUUCCUCCUCGAAACGAGAGUUUUUUCCGAGGUAGUAAACUUCAUCUGGUCGAUCUGGCGGGUAGUGAGAGCGCAGCAGCUUGCGGUGGCAUUAAUCGUCUCAAAGAAGGAGCAAAUAUAAAUAAAAGUUUAGUCGCAUUGGGGAACGUAAUAUCGGCUUUGGCAGAGCGAGGCUCAUCCGGAAGUGGUCCAGGUCGAAGGUUCAUCCCUUACAGGGAUUCAGCUCUGACGUGGUUGUUGAAGGACGCAUUGGGUGGAAAUGCGACGACGAUUAUGCUUGCCACGAUUUCACCGGCCAGCGGAAGUUACAACGAGACGUCUCAUACCCUUCGCUUCGCUCAGAGGGCGCAAAGCGUCGUUAACAGGCCGGUGAUCAACGAGGAUCCUGUGUCUCGAAUUAUCCGGGAACUCAGAGCCGAGGUAGCCAGGUUAAAGUCCUUGCUGGUCGAAAAGAACGUAAAUCCCGAUUGCAGUUUCAUAUGUAUGUGUCAACGUGAUCAGAAUAGUGGAAUAAUAUCCCAGGAUCAAGUGACUCUACAAAUUGGUGACGAAAACCGAGCGGAAGUGAAAUUAGAGGAGCAGGGAUUGUACAAAGCGCAGCUUCCCGAGCGACGUCACAGUACGAGCGAGAGUUCAUCGGCAUGCGAAAAGUUAUCAAGAUCCGUUAAAAGAUUUGGUUCGUUCGAGGUCGCAGGGGAGUGGAUAAAUUCGUCAUUAGACUCGCUCGAGCCUGACAACUACAAUCGUGCCAAAGUAUCGGAACUUAUUAUCGACGAUGAAGUAGAUGAGCCCGUUUUCGUUGAUAUUCCGACGCUGGUUGCUGUGCUGAUAAAGCCAGACGACAAUAUCCAAGCAGGAGCUCAUCAAAUCGAGGAGAUCGGUAGUGACGGAGUGCCCGAAGACGUGAUAGAUGCGGAGUUUUCUGAAACGACAGGAAAUCACGUUUCUCAAGUAAAUAUCGAGUGCCACGAUCUUCGGAGCAACGUCGCACGAGUCGAUCACAGAUCGUGUGCGGAAUCCUCAGAAAGUUUGAAAAAUCCAGGAAAAAAAGCCACAAAAUCUGUUUACACGACGAUACCACACCGUGAAAAAGGUAAACUCAGAAAGCACGAAUCGAUCGAUGGAGAAAUCUCGCCAAAGCCAUUGAAUUUAGAGUCCUCGAAAAAAUACGGUUCGAUCGAGAACUUACCGAAGAAACGUGAGAUCGCUUGGUCGUUUCAAAGGUCCCAGACUAAUUUGGAUAAACGUAAUGGCAGCUUGGAGAAGAUUAAAAAAUUGAACAACAUCAAAGAAGUUGAUGAUCACAAAUCAGGCAAAUCGGCUUGGCGUAAUUUCGGCACAUGGCCGAAUCGAGAGUUCCAACGAAAGGGCAGCAACGAUUCGGACAAGAGUCUCAGAGAAUCGGCAUUAUUAGCAAGGUCGAAGAAUCAAGGGAGAAAGCAAAGUGCCGAGGGCCUGAAACGUAAGACUAGCAAGGACAGUAGUUCCAGCAGCUCGAAGGACGAGCUCUCGACGAAUAGUGGAGGUCAAACGAGGGACAAGGGCAGCCGGAAAGGGUCGUUGGAACAGGAGCCGCCUGCAGCCAGAGCCCACACGCCGAUCCAGAGAGCAAGACGAGCCGAAAUCGUAGCUGCAGUCACUGAGAGAUUAUAUUCGAGUAAAAAGCCCUCAGAAGAGAACAACGCGUUGACGGGCACUACGACGACGUCAACGCCAGGCUCGGAGGUCCGUUCGCCCGAGAGCACGGACGUUAAAUUAGCUAGCGCGACGAGAAUGCGAUUGCAGGAAAUAUCGAGAAAGAUGUUGGCCAAGCGACGAAGAGUCUGCGUGGACACGCAAACGGACAUUCAUCAAACCGUUCGGAUGAGGGACGCAUCGAGUGUCACAGAAGAGUCGAAAAUCGUCAGCAAAGAUGCGUCAAUAUUGACCGAUCAGCACGAGGACUACGAGACUUUACCUCCAGUGGAUUUUCCGGUUCGACGAGUCAAGGAAAUGGCGACUUGCACCCAAUCGGACCUCAGAGAUCCGGUUGUUCGGUGCAAAGAUGCCGCUAAUCUCACGGAACACUUCUACGAACACUACGCAACGGUAAACUCGCCCAGAAACGAUUCUGGUAUCAUGUCCGAUGACACACAAAAUUACGCCGAGAGUAAUUUAUCGAGUACUGAAAUUUCUGACUCGAGUCCGAUCAGCGGAGGCAGGAGCGUCGAAUUGGUCGAGAACUCGACCAACACGAGGCCUCCCUCGGGGUCACCAAACUCAGGGACGCAGACGCGAAGACAAGAUCUCGAGGCCACGACAUGCUCGAAAUGUGACGCCAGGUGUUGCUCCGGUGCUAGGCAUUUUCGUGAAGACUGCGCAAUUAGCCACGUCGACAAUCAUCAAGCGUGUCAGCAUCCAGAGAGAAACGUUAUUUCAAUAUCUUUGCCGGAAAUGGUCAGCAUUACUAUCGAAACGUCAAACGGCUUGGAGUCGAAGAUCAAAGUUUUCGAUGGCAGCGAAUCCAUAGACGAACGAGCGGUUAUCAACUUGAAGAACAGUGUGGCACAAACGGAGAAAAUCGACGCUCAAGAAAUUGGCACUUCGACCAAUGACCUCACGGGACAAGUUUAUUUCCAGGAUUUCUCAUUACCAACGAAACCCAUAAUUGGCCAGUCCGAUGGUAAAACAUUUAGAAUCGAAAAUAUUUUCCACGAGCCGCAAGGCGUCACGAGAAACGCUCCGAGAAUCGAAAUUAUUGAAGAUUCUUCGGAUGAUUCUACCACCAUGAAUUCUCUGAUCGUCACUAACUCAGUUGGCACCUCCUUCGUCCCGGAAACCAGGGAAAAUGCGACGGAAAUGGAACGCCCCAAGUCUUACACUUCCGGGAUAUUUUUCGGGGCAGCAGCGAGGAGAUCAUUGGCGAAUGAUUCAUUCAUUAAAAAUACGUGGCCAUCAAGAUGGACAAGUUCUGAUUCUCAUUCUAAAAAUGUUUAUCAAGAUUAUUCAACGCCAGGAGAGAAUCAACGGCCACCAGCCGCUCCCAUGGAUUGUGUGGAUCCUCAAUUUGAUCUCGAACACUCAACGACUCUCCGGAAAGAAGACGAGAACUUUUCUCCCAGAUUAGAUCGAGAUAGUCAAGGCCACGGUCGGAAAGAUUUGCUGAAAAGCGAAAACGCUUCUUCGGUUUCGGACUUGAAAUCACCUUUCAUCAUUGCACUGCUAGACCGACAGAUCACCGCGGAAGACACUAAUUUCUCAGACGACAGUUUAGACCUCAAGGACGAUUGUGUCGGCGACGAUGACAGUGAAAGUAAGAAAUCGGUGACGGGUGGCAGUCAAUCGAAAAUUAAGGCAGACACAAUCGCUGGUGAGAAAAUUUGCCCCCCUGACUUGGUAGCACACACGAAGAAGGACACCAGUGAUUCGCAGAGUACGAUCGACGAUUUUGAGGAAUUCGGUGAGGGUCAAGACGUCGAAUUACCAAAAACGAGACUAAACGACAGCGUUGCGUCGAGCUUAUCGACGCCCAUAGGCAAUUUCAAAAGUUUGAUCCUGGGCGAUCUUUCUUACGCUUUGAAUCACGCGGAAGAUUCGGAUUUGACAGAUUUUUGUAACCAAUCGACAACGGAUGAUCUGAUCGACUACGAUGAUUGUGUUUAUCCGAUCAUAAAUGUGGUCGAAGACAUUGAGCAGUGCCUCGUGAACGGCGGCCGUGAAAAACCACCAAAAUCAAUCAUCAAAAAAACACUCGGGGAUCCGAACGAUUCGCGACUCCUUGACACGCGUCAACCGAACUGCGCACCGAGGAAUCUCGAGAGCGGAAAUUCUUUCAGGAAAAGAGUGCGUUUCGCGGUACCAGAAGCAAGUUUGACGACGAGCAGCGACUCCGAAGUUUGUGAAAACGUGACGAGCGACGACGAAUUUAUGGAAAAAACACCGCGCACGAUCCUCGAAGAGUACCUCGACGAGGCGGUCGUUUUUAUGCGCAACAUGAACUCUAUGAACGAGUACAUGAAUGCGGCAGGUGAGACUGAUAAGUGCACGAUUAGAACUCGCAAUGGUCGUCGGGCCAAGUCCAGCGGUGGGAAUUACAUCGAGUACGAAGGACGAAGGAUAAGCCUCGAUGACGAAACGAACAAAUCUGCCAAGUCCGGUGACGAUGAGGAUGUUGAUUUGGAUUUCAACGUUGAGUCUUACGACAAAUGCUUGAGAAGCAUGGACCGACUGGAGGAGUGUUUGGCGCGGGUUAAACGCCACGACGAGAUCCUUCGUGACACUUACGGAAUUGGUAGGGAUGGAUCUACUGGGGCUAAACUGGAUUUAGCUGAGUUCAGUAUAGAUUCGAAUGACUCGAAAGAAAAGCCUCAUGAAAAAUACGAAGUUGAUGCUACAGUCUCAAGCUUUAUCGGGAAUGGAAACGGCCGCACGGGGAGAGAUGAUGAAAUCGACGAUGGAAAUAACAACUCGCAGCUUCCAGGGAAAGAAGAGAGAGAUUUUUCAUCUUCGAGUUUUGCCAAACUCUCGGAUUACCCGAAGAAAUCGCGAACCCGUAGAUUCCCUAGAUUUUCUGAAUUACGCAAACGCAAUCCGUCGAGCUAUUCGCAAUUGAAGAAUAAAUACGCCAGUAAAAUAGUCGACACGCCGAGGAGAAAGUUCGAGGGUAUUUCAUGCUCGCCCGUCAAUCUCGAUUCCUCCGAAGCUGAUGGAUCCGAAGAUACCAUCGUACCGGAAAAUCUGCAGGCGCCCGAAUGCUUUCUCAUUUUACCCAAAGCAACGACUCGCGAGGAAGGACUUUCUGAUAGAUUCAAAGACCGUGCUACGCGACACCGUUUUUCCCUGUCGAAGUACGACUCGUCCAACGAGAGUUCAAGCUCCAACGAGGCAUUGGCGAGCUUCAUGGAGUCGAUAGACUGUGCUACGAAAUCGAGAGACAAAAUCAAGUAUCCCGGUAGCCCGAGGGCCAAGUUUUUGCAACUGUUGAGUGAACGGCGGCGAAUCGUCGAGAACACACGAAGAACCGGUGCAUCUUGAAAGCAUUCUCGGUAAUGAGGAAUUUCCAAUCGGUACUCAACGAGUGGCGCAUUCAACCGAUCGCUCCAUCUUCUAUCGCGUUAAAAACAAUGUUCUCAUUGUAUCCGCACAUGUUACGAGAACAAGACGGCACAAAAAGGGCACCGAGAACUCCAUUUCGCAUGGUCCUUAAGCAAAAUCACUGAUUGCAAACAUGGGCUCUUCUCUGAGUGAUUAUUUCCAGGAGCACACGAAAUAGAUUAAGCCGUAGACACCACACUCCGUUUGAGGCCACACACUUACCAUACUGGUGCAAAUUUGCGCUUGGACUUUUCAAAACUUUUUAUUUCAUCCAUGAAUGUACGGAAUUAAUCCUACAACGCAAAUAAUAAGUUACCCCUAAAAGGGGGUAACAAUUCCACAGUGAUCGAUUACGUUCAUUUAAAAAAUUGAAAAAUAAAUUUUUAUUAUAGAAAAAUGGCCAAAUUGAAGAAAGGAAUUCUGAAAGUUCCAGACACUUGAAAUUUUCAUGGGUACAAAUUUGCACCAUGGUGUCUACGGGUUAGAAAAAAAUAGUAAAAUGGUAGCAAUUGCGGUUUGGAUUCUGGGAAAAAGAUUUUUUCUCAAUUCUGCACUCUUGAAAAUUCAAUAAGACUAUCAUAUUUAUGUAUUGCCAUUAUUUUGGUGAUCACCUUUGCUGGGAAUCGUGUACGAGAUCUUUGUCGUAAGAAACCCUUAAUUCUUUGUGCCGUCUCUACUUAUGCGAUAUGAUUAUAAACCUGGAGAUGAAAUAACUAUGAUAUAUAAUAUAUAUAUAUUUUUGUAAUGUUUUUUCCAGUUAUAAAUUUCGCUGUAUUAAGAAAUAGGAUCCAUGAUUUUGUUCGAUUCCUUUCAUUGAUUGAAUUGCGCUGAAAUAAUCAUGCAUAUAAAUAAAUGUAGUUUUGUAAAUAAAAUACGUAAAACAUUUUGUAAUUUGCGUAGAGCUCGCAUCAUGAAGAGAUUGUUCGAUUGUUCAAUUGUGUACACAAUGUUGUUGGAAUAAAUUUUGUUUCCUCCUUUUUAAAAAUAAACAUAAAUUGAAUAAAAAUGUA